CUGUGGCGUGAGCUAUGCAAGGAAGGCUGGAAGGCACGUAAGCCUACCGGCGUGGCGAAGGAUCACCGCUAUGUGAAACCAGGGAUCAAGGGUCGUCUCGACGGAGCAAAACGUGGAAUCGAUUUCUUUGAGGGUGGUUUUGUAUAUAAUUACGUGUAUGCUAAGGAUAGAUGUAUUUCUCCAGGUGAGGAGGCUCUCAUGGCGUUUGCACGACGAUCUGGUCGGCUUGAUCUCCCCGCUACCGCUGUGCCCAGCGCUCGAAAGUCGACCCGGGUCCCGGCUGGGAAGCAAGCGUCGUACGCCACUAUUAGUCAGCCAGCACCAUCGCCAGCUGCCCGGACGCCUAAACCAGCCGCUGGAAGUACAAGCACGGACACGGAUGCAGCCUAG